AAGACGAAAUAAUAUAGUUUGGAAUCAUUCAAAUAGUAACAUUUGAAGAAACAGCAAGAUGUUUACUAAAAUUGUUGUUAUCGCCGGGUGUCUGUUUGGCUUGGCUCAAGCUGGGGCUUUGGCCGGCGGCGCAGGGCUCAGACAUGGCGCAGGGCUUGGUUAUGGCGCUGGGGUCGCCUACGGCGCAGGGCUCGGACAUGGCGCAGGGCUCGGCUAUGGCGCAGAGCUUGGUUAUGGCGCUGGGGUCGGCUAUGGCGCUGGCCUUGGUUACGGCGGUUUGGGAUACACCGGCGCUCCUGCGACUUCAUACGUUCACCGCGUUGACUACAACACUGGUCACGGUGGUUACGGGGCUGGCUACAGCGCUGGUUACGAUGGCUACGGCGCCCACGGUGGCUACGGCGCUGGUUACGGACGCGGACUCUAUGGCCACGGUGGCUGGUAA